AUGUGUGCCAAAGAGAUGGAUGAAACUGUUUCCGAGUUUUUCAGGAGGACCAUCUUGAAAAUCCCAUUGACUGAAAUGAUGACAAUACUAAAAACCUGGAAUUUUUUGUCUGAAAAUCAACUGCAGACUGUAAACUUCCGGCAGAGAAAGGAAUCUCUUGUUCAGGACUUGGUUCUGCUUUGUGAGGAAAAUCGUGCAAGUCUCAAUGAUGCAGCCCUUUUAGACAUCAUUUGUACUCAAUUUCAUCGGCAUCAGAAAGUUUGGGAUGUUUUUCAGAUGAGUAAAGGACCAGGUGAAGACACUGACCUUUUUGAUAUGGAACAAUUCAAAAGUUCAUUCAAGAAAAUUCUUAAGAGAGCAUUAAAAAAUGUGACAGUCAGCUUCAGAGAUGCUGAGGAGAAUGCAGUAUGGAUUCAAAUUGCCUGGGGAACACAGUAUAGAAAGCCAAACCAGUACAAACCUGCUUACGUGGUGUAUUAUUCCCAAACACCAUAUGCCUUCACUUCUUCCUCCCAACUGAAAAGCAAUCUACCCCUUCUGGGUCAGGCACUGACAAUUGCUAGCAAACACCAUCAGAUUGUGAAAAUGGACCUCAGAAGCCGGUAUCUGGACUCUCUUAAGGCUAUUGUUUUUAAACAGUAUAAUCAGACCUUUGAAACUCACAACUCUACUGCACCUCUACAAGAAAGAAGCCUUGGGCUAGAUAUAAAUAGUAUGUGUGUUUUAAGAUAA